GAGCCGGAAGUAACAUUUUGAAUGUUCGGCGCGGUUUCAUUUCAGAAUCAGCAGUUUUGUAUUGACAGUGAAAGAAAACGCAGAAUGGCCUCCUCUGCCACAUGCAUCGACGAGGGCGCGUUCAAGACCCCUAAAAACAACCGAGUGAAGAGCUUUGGAAGCAACGGAAGCACCCCAGUCACCAUCCCGGCCUCUCCCUUCAUGAAGAAGUUGGGCUGUGGGACUGGAGUCAACGUUUACCUCAUGAACAGAAUGGGAAAAUUAAAUGCGUCUCCCUGGGCUGUCAAGAAGAUCAACACCAAGUGUGCAACCAAACAGGUGGCGGUUUACCAGAAGCGCCUGAACGAGGAGGCAGAGGUCCUGAAGGGAAUCAAUCAUCCAAACAUUGUUGGGUUUCGUGCCUUCACCACGGCCAAAGAUGGAUCAAAGUGUCUGGCGAUGGAGUACGGAGGAGAGCAGUCCCUCAAUGACCUGAUCGAGAAGAGAAAAGAGGACGGGCUCAAAGCUUUCCCUGCUGCCAACAUAGAUAAAGUAGCGCUGCAUGUUGCUCGUGGUCUUCAGUAUCUCCACAAUGAGAAGAAGCUGCUGCACGGCGACAUGAAGUCUUGUAACGUUGUCAUCAAGGGCGACUUUGAGACCGUCAAGAUCUGCGAUGUUGGUGUGUCUCUGCAGCUGGAUGAGAACAUGAGAGUGUCAGACCCAAAGGCAGAGUACAUUGGCACAGAGCCAUGGAAACCGAAGGAAGCCCUGGAUGAGGGAGGAGAAAUCACUGACAAGGCUGACAUCUAUGCCUACGGUCUGACUCUGUGGGAGAUGAUGACACUGGCCAUGCCUCAUCUGGAGAUGUUGGAGGAUGAUGACGACGACGAUGAGGAGGUUGAAGAAGACUCGAUGGAGGAGAGUUUUGACGAGGAUGCCUACUACGAGAGGUUGGGAACAAGGCCAGAGCUGGACGUGGAGGCUCUGGGCAGCUCGUACCGGAGGACGGUGGAGCUUUUCUAUCUCUGCACAGACGAGGACCCCAAGAAGAGACCCUCAGCCGCACAGAUAGUCCAGGCUUUAGAGAGCAACGCCCUGCUGGAUAAAACGCCCAGUGAGGUGAUCGUAAUCGACUGAUUUCAACAAAUAAUUCAGCAUUUGAUCAUUUUGUCAGGGUUGUGCUCAUAUUCACUAGUUUGUUUGGGGAGGAUUCAAUUAAUUUAGAAGCUCCAGGAAAUUCCUUUUACGUGAAGGCUCAAGCUCAUUAGCUCUACUGUACAUCUCUAUGUUGACACUAUCAAUAGCACAUUUUAUUUGUAUGUUGUCUUUGCUAUUUCUUUUUUUUUUUUUUUUUUUCUGUGUACGUCAACUUUUAGUCUGUAAAUGUUUUCUCUUUAACUUUCAAGUUUCUUGUAUGUUUGUUUUUUUCUGCACUUCUGUAAACCUUGUUUCUUGAUAAAACCUUUGAGCUCUA